GUGCUGCCGGCUGUCGUCUCGUGUCUCUCCGGAGACAACUCCUUUUGCUUCUGCCCAGUACCGCCGGGAGCUAAGCUUGGACUGGACGCGCGCCACGUUGAGCCCUCUCCCCUGCCCAUCGCCGCCGAUGAGCUGCCGCGCGGCUCCAUGGAGCCGCCCGUCGGCCGUCCCCCGCGGUCGGUCCUUCCCCGCCUCGGCGCGCCUGCGCAACCCAUUCGAGGGGUUGAAUGUGUGGAAGAAUCCCAUCCUCAAAAACUCAUGGAGAAUUGAUGAUGUCCCGAUGAUGUUUGGACUGCCGUCUGGACUGUUCAGAUGCAUGGCUUCAGGUAGCUCUGGGGAUGGUGGGUUUUCUCGUCCUCAAUCAACCGAUGAAACACCGAUGCCACUGUACUCCUGGCCAGACAAGCAGAGACCACGGGUGUGCAUUUUGGGUGGUGGAUUUGGUGGGUUGUACACUGCUCUGAGAUUAGAAUCUCUCGUAUGGCCUGAUAAUAACAAGCCUCAGGUAUUGCUGGUUGAUCAAUCUGACAGAUUUGUAUUUAAGCCCAUGCUGUAUGAGCUCUUAUCAGGAGAGGUGGAUGUUUGGGAAAUAGCUCCGUAUUUUACGGAAUUACUGAAGAACACUAGUGUCCAAUUUGUCAAGGAUAGCGUAAAGCUUCUACGUCCUUCUGAUCACUUUAGAAGAGAGCCUGGAGGAUCAUCCACUGGUGGAGUUGUUCAUCUGAAAAGUGGCACUGUUAUUGAAUAUGAUUGGCUCGUUCUAGCUUUAGGGGCUGAAGCUAAGAUUGAUGCUGUUCCAGGAUCUUCUGAAUAUGCACUUCCUUUCACGACUUUGGAACAUGCUUUGAAAGUGGAAAAUGAAUUGAAAAUGUUAGAAAGGAGAAGGUUUGGUAAGAGUUCCCCAGGUAUUGAGGUGGCUAUUGUGGGGCUUGGUUACUCUGGUGUUGAGCUAGCUGCUACAAUCUCUGAGAGGUUAAAGAACACUGGGACUGUCAAAGCAAUCAAUUUUCAGACAACCAUAUGUCCCAAUGCACCACCAGGAAAUCGUGAUGCUGCUCUGAAGGUUCUUGAGUCUCAAAAUAUUCAACUUUUCUUGGGAUACUCUGUGAGCAGCAUCAGUGAGGUUUAUGCAUCUGAGGAUUCAAGUAGCAUGGUUACAGAUGCAAAAGAAGCUGCUGGUGAUGAUAAGAAACUACUCUUGGAACUUAAACCUGCUCAAAGAGGCCUCCAGAGCCAGGUUUUGGAGGCUGAUCUGGUAUUAUGGACAGUCGGUUCAACGUCUCAGAUUCUUCGGUUGCAACCUCCUGAUGCCCCAUUUGUUAUUCCUCUGAAUGGCCGGGGGCAAGUAGAGACAGAGGAAACCCUUCAAGUGAAGGGCCACCCCAGAACAUUUGCAAUUGGUGAUUCAGCGGCUCUAAGAGACCCAUCAGGGAAAUUUCUCCCAGCCAACGCGCAGGUUGCUUUUCAGCAAGCAGAUUUCGCUGGAUGGAAUCUGUGGGCGGCAAUCAAUGACCGGCCCCUUUUGCCGUUCAGGUUCCAAAAUCUUGGUGAGAUGAUGACACUCGGUACAAACGACGCAGCGAUAACCGCAAGUUUCAUCGAGGGCCUGACCUUGGAAGGGCCUGUAGGGCAUGCCGCUAGGAAGCUCGUGUACUGCCUCAGGAUGCCCACAGAUGAGCACCGGGUGAAGGUUGGGAUCAGCUGGUUGGCAAAGGGUGCUGUAGAUUCGCUUGCUUCUCUGCAAAACGCAGUGGGCAGCUCAUUUCUUCCUCCCACUUCCACCACCAACCCCUGCCCGCCGUCUCCUGCCGCCAUGGAUCCCGACUCCGAGAUCACCUUCGACUUCCCUCCCUACCUCUGCCAGUACAAGAGCGGCCGCGUCUUCCGCCCCGGCAGCAACGCCACCGUCCCCGCCGGUACCGACCCGCUCACCGGCGUCAUCUCCAAGGACAUCCACGUCGGCUCCGCCCGCGCCCGCGUCUACCUCCCUCCGGGCGUCGACGCCGCCGCCAAGCUCCCCGUCAUCGUCUACUUCCACGGCGGCGGCUUCGUCGUCGGCUCGCCCGCCCGCCCCUCCACCCACGCCUACCUCAACGACCUCGUCGCCCGCGCCGGCGCCAUCGGCGUCUCCGCCUACUACCGCCUCGCGCCGGAGCACAUGCUCCCGGCGGCCUACGAGGACGGCUGGGCCGCCGUGCAGUGGGCGGCCUCCCUCGGGGACGGCGCCGACCCGUGGCUGCUCGACCACGCCGACCUCUCCCGCGUCUUCUUCGGCGGGUGCAGCGCCGGCGCCAACCUCGCGCACAACAUGGCCAUCCGCGCCGGCGCCGACGGCGCGCUGCCCAAGUGCGUCACCGUGCAAGGCCUCCUGGCCGUGCACCCGUACUUCACCGGGAAGGAGGCCGUGGGCGCGGAGGCGGCCUUCGCGGCCGACGUGCGCGGCUUCAUGGACCGCACCUGGAGGUUCGUCUUCCCGGGCUCGCUGGGGCUGGACGACCCGCUCGUGAACCCGUUCGUCAACGACGAGGCGCGCGCCGCCGUCGCCAAGAUCCCGUGCGACCGCGUGCUGGUGACCGUGGCCGAGGACGACGUCCUGCUCAAGGAGCGCGGCCUGUGGUACCACCGGGAGCUCAAGGCCAGCGGCUACGCCGGCGAGCUGGAGCUGUUCGAGUCCAAGGGCGUCGGCCAUGCCUUCCAGUUCGACAACCUCCACACCCCGCAGGGCGUCGAGCUGCAGGAGCGCCUCGUGGCAUUCAUCAACAAAUGACCUAAAUCGAUCGAAUUUCCUCCAAUCCAAAUAAAUAAAAAAUUAACUUGAGAAUUUGAUGUUUCCGAUAAUUUUCCAGAAGUUGCGAUGGGUGCAAAGUGGUAUGAUGAUUCAUUGGCGAUUAUAAUGUAGAGGCAUUUUUCAAUCU